AUGAGCGACGUUGAGAAACAGGACGGUGUCGAGGUGGGAACCAAGGUCGACGUGAGCGAUGAUACGUCAAGCACGACAGCAGGAAGAGGUGAAGUUUUAUCUUUAGAAGAUGUGGAUCCGGCGCUCGACGCGAAGAUGCAUCUCGUGAAUAAUGUAAUUGACGAGAUAGGGUGGACUCCUUACCACGUCAAACUCUUCGUCCUUACGGGCUUCGGCUAUGCCGUCGACUCACUCCUCCUCCUCCUUCAGUCCAUAACGUCAACCCAAGCCGUCCUCGAGUUCCAACCCUCCUUCAGUAAAGGACUCACCAUCGCCUCUUACGUCGGCCUUCUCGUAGGUGCCCUCUUCUGGGGCAUGACAUCCGACAUCAUCGGCAGGCGCUUCGCAUUCAACACAUCGUUGCUCAUAUGUAGCAUAUUCGCGAUUGCGGCCGGUGCUUCGCCGAAUUGGGAGGUUCUUGGGUUGUUUGUGGCGUUGAGUGCGUUCGGAGGAGGAGGAAAUUUGGUCAUGGAUACAACUGUGUUUUUGGAGUUCCUUCCCAGUAAACAGCAAUGGCUUCUGACACUCCUUGCUUGCUGGUGGGGAGUCGGCCAACUCCUCGCCGGCCUCGUCGCAUGGCCGUUCCUCUCCGACUUCGCAUGCGAGUCCGCCCCUACAUGUACAAAAGCUAAUAAUAUGGGCUGGCGUUACGAAUGGUAUACUUGUGGCGCCCUCGUAUUCGUCAUGUCCAUACUGCGCGUCACCGUCAUCCGUCUUCACGAAACGCCCAAGUACUUACUCGGGAAGGGUCGGGAUGAAGAGGUUGUGCAGGGGUUCAGAUCGCUGGCCGAUAAAUAUGGGAGGCCGUGUAGUUUGACUGUGGAGCAGUUGCAGGCUUGUGGGGUGGUUAAUUCGGAGAAGGGAGCAAAUGCGGGGAAGAAGGGAAUGCGGGCAUCGAUCAAGGAGCUAGGGGCACAUUUGGGUGGUUUGUUCGCGACGAGGAAGAUGGGCCUGUCAACGUCCUUGGUUUGGUUUUCUUGGACGCUCAUAGGUCUCGCCUAUCCGCUCUACAACGUUUUCCUUCCCGAGUACCUCAAAUCUCGCGGUGCAGAGACCGGAGAUGGAAGUAACUAUACGACAUGGAGGAACUACGCCAUCGUCAACGCAUGCGGUAUCUUUGGACCCGUGCUGGCAGGCUUCCUCUGCAACUGGCGCGUCCUCGGCCGUCGUGGAACAAUGGUCAUCGGCGCCCUUGUCACCAUGACCUUUUUCUUCGCGUAUACCCAAGUCCGCACCUCCGCCCAAAACCUCGGCUUCAACUGCGCCAUCUCCUUCUGCCUCAAUAUCUACUACGGCUGCCUCUACGCCUACACGCCCGAAGUCCUACCUUCCGCACAUCGGGCGACGGGGAACGGGAUAGCUGUGGGGUGUAAUCGGGUGAUGGGCAUAUUGAGCGCGGUGGUGGCGACGGUGGCGAAUACGGAGACGGUGGUGCCGAUUUGGAUCUGUGCGGCGCUGUAUGUUGUCAUGGCCGCUGUGGCACUUGCGUUUCCGUUCGAGCCGUACGGAAAGCGCUCGUCGUAACGCGUUUCUCAAGGACGACGCUGACAUGGACACGAAGUCGCAUGGCAAGUUGGCCUCACCGAAAAUACACGAUCGUGCAGUAGGUCAGCGGCAAUGAUACUGUAUCUUAUAAGUUAGGUCGC